GUGAGUUUCAUUUUACAGAAUGGGAAUCCUAUGAGCACCUAUCACAGCUAUAUUGGUUGUCACAGCACCUGCUGAUGCUCAAAUAGUUGCGGCAAAGAAAGUUAUCUCAUCUCCUCACAUUACCAGCAGUCAUGUGCAACAGGAUGAUAAGCAAGAGAAAAGGCACUGGUGUUUACCUGGCUGCAGCUGUUAUUCUGACGUGUUAUUUUGCGCAAACUAUAGACUGUUAUCGUCUGAAGAAAACAGAAAGACGAGAAGAGAGAAAAUAUGUCGAUACAACAAAUGGGUUCCAAGAGGGGACAAUUGUUUUUGGGAUAGCUUUUGAAAAAGGCUCAGGACUUGAUUCUCAAGUCACAGACGGGACCAAGAAGUCAUCCUCAAACGCUUAUGAGGAUGCUUAUCAAGGAGACUUUGCAGGCUGGAUGAGCCCAACACAAGUCGCCAGUCCAAAAGACUCGUCAUGGAAGAACAUGUCGCCCUCACUGCAGUGUGGUUUGGGCAAGUUGAAGUUCAGAGCGGUGGAACCAGGAGCAUCACAAUUUGCGGUAGAACAAGGAAAUGCACCUCCAAUGCCUCUGUCCCAGGUCCCGUCUACCUGUGGCUACAGCAUGCAGAGGAACUCACAUGCACUUGUCAUGUUGGUUCCCUAUGAUGGCUGCAACAUGGUUCAAGAGGGUGGAAGUUAUGUACUCUCGAUGCGUUGGCAAGGAAUUCCAGUCUCUCUCUGGUGUUCCAAACCUGCUGCACCUCCUGCCGCAACUACUGCUGCACCUCCUGCUUCCAAAAUGACUUCCCCCCAUUCCCCUGUACCUCGGAUGCCUCAAUACCCUAAGAUGCCCGAGAAAACAACAGCAACGACCACACGGCCUAUAACUGCAAAGGCAACUCAAAUUCCUAAAAUUCCUGCACUGCCUCAGAUGCCUCAAUGCCCUGAGAUGCCUCAAUGCCCUGAGAUGCCUCAAUGCCCUGAGAUGCCUCAAUGCCCUGAGAUGCCUCAAUGCCCUGAGAUGCCUCCGAUGCCUCAAAACCCUCCGAUGCCUCAAAACCCUCCGAUGCCUCAAAACCCUCCGAUGCCUCAAAACCCUCCGAUGGCUCAUUACCCUCCGAUGGCUCGGAUUCCUCAAUGCCCUGAGAUGCCUCAGAUGCCUCAAAACCCUCCGAUGCAUCAAAACCCUCCGAUGCCUCAAAACCUUCCGAUGCCUCAAAACCUUCCGAUGCCUCAAAACCCUCCGAUGCCUCAAAACCCUCCGAUGCCUCAAAACCCUCCGAUGCCUCAAAACCCUCCGAUGCCUCAAAACCCUCCGAUGCCUCCAAACCCUCCAAUGCCUCAAAACCCUCAGAUAACUCAAAGCCCUAAGAUGUCCGAGACAACGACCACACGGCCUACAACUGCAAAGGCGACUCAAAUUCCUUCAAAUUCCUUCACUGACUCUGAUGCCUGAAUACCCUCGGAUGCCUCAAUACGCUCAUAUGCCGUUUCCACAAUAUAUGCCAAUGUAUCCUCCCUUUAAUCCUCCCAAAUAUCCAGCUAAAAAGCCAAAAUCUACUGCGGCAACAACUAAACUAAAGGCUAAAAAUCCCUCAUUGCAGCUUCCACCAUCUAUGCCUUACUAUCAUCUUUACCCUAUGAUCCCUCCCUAUCCCCAAUAUUCAAUCCCUCCAGCAACCACUGUGAAACCAGAUCACCCGCCCACUCCGGCACCCCAUUCUCCUUUUCAUCCCCAUGUUCACUUGCCCAUAACAAUGCUGCCUCCUUUUCCUCCUCCAUGCACCUUACUUAAACAGUUCUAAUAAAAAUGUUGAACAGAGA